UUUUCAAAAGGGGGGGGUGGACCAAUGUGUCACCAGUGUCCUCAGCCAAUGGGUAAACCAGUGGUGGAGACACUUAAUGAUUUCUCGGGAGCGCAGCGGAUCAGAUGCAUCUGCUCACCGGGACCGGGGUUGGUUCAGAGACGCUCCACGCACGAUGCUGGCUGCACGGCGUCUUGAGAAGAUCUUAAAACAGAAAGUCAUGCUGUGAACGUUCCUUGUCGCUUUUCCAAUGAUUGAGACCAGCACUCUGAUGAUGAUGGACAGAAAUGAAGCAGCACACUGCACCGUGUGCUGCUGUACUCUGGUCAAUAAAAUCCUCAUGGUGCUUUUCAUGGUGCUCCUGAUUUUCGCCACCCUGUUUGGGAAUUUGCUGACUCUGGCUGUGGUGGUGGGGACCAAACACUUCCACACGCCACAGGGAUACCUGAAGGCUUCCCUGGCUGUAGCCGACCUAGCUGUGGGGAUCUUUGUGGUGCCGCUGACCGUCUAUGCCGAGGUCUACCUCAUGGUGGCUGACUCAGCACCAGAGUGGACGUCGUACAACUCGCAAUCAGUGAGUUUUCACCCAUGUAACAUCAUUGGUCCGAUCUUCGCUGGGUGCACCUUUGUCUCCAUUACAACCAUCUUCCUGCUGACCAUUGAGCGGAGCAUUGCGGUGCUGAGGCCUCUGCACAAGGACUCUGUGAUUACUCGUAAAAGGACAACAAUCCUCAUUUUCUUGUCCUGGGUGGGGAGCUUCCUUCUGGCGGUGUCGCCGAUGGUCUUCAGCAGGGAGAUCGCUCUGGAGUACAACUCCUGCAGCCGGAUGUGUAACUACGCCUUGGGAGCCAUUGGCCAGUUCCCUAGCCAGGCCUGGAACAUCCUUCUCCUUUUUCCUGCCUUUGACUUUACACUGCUUGGCGGAACCGUGGUCAUUAACAUCAUCUCUCUCUCCAGCAUCCGGCAGCACUCGAAACACAGAAAAACACUGGCAGAAACUGAGAUCCACACAACAAGCAACCCAACGUUCUCGGACAUCAAAGCUGCUAAGACCAUCGGGACUCUAACAGUAGCAUUCACUGCGUCGUUCACUCCCAUCGCCGUCUUUGUGGUCGGGAACGUUUUGGGAAAUCAAUGGUGCAACUUCUCCUUUUUUGCCUUUUGGAUUUUGGCUACCAAUAGCUGCUGGAAUGUCAUCAUUUACAGCGUGAGGGAUCAGAAGUUCAGAAUUUGUGCACAUAAACUUCUUUUGCCUUCUCACAGACAAAACACAGCCAAAACAUGAACACACACACACACAAACGGAAGACUCAUUCAGCAGGUUGAUGUCAUGUCUGUGCAUCCCAUAAAUCCUCCUCCCAUCACAUCGUGAAACUCAUUGUAGUGUCUGCAUGUCCUGUGGUUUGCUGUUAGGAAAUGGCCUGAGUUUGAGUAUUUUCACAUCAAUAAAAUGCAUGGCAGGUUUUUGCAUCACAUGCACUUGGGAUUUAAAUAUUCUUCCCUGUGGGCAUUUGUCUUGUUCUGUGUUAAAUAGAUGAGGCCUGUCACAAUUUGUAAGAGUUGUUUACUUGAGAGCAAUUAUUAAAAUGUAUU